CUGUCACAAGCUUGACUAUACGCUGUUCAAGUUGCGUGUAACUCAUGCAGACAAUGACGACGAUGAGGAAGAUCCAACUAACUUUGACAAGAGGGUGACAGAGGAGUAUACAAGUCAGCAAAAAGUGGCAACAGAGAUUGCUCAAAAGACGGAAGAGCUUGAGCAAGUGGAGGAUGAAAUCCCACUCUGUAUACUCCAGAAAGACUUACCCAAGCAAAACAAGGUCUUCUGUGAGAUGGCCAACAGAGCAUUUUUGCUUCGUCAACAACUGGAAGACUUGGAAAAACAAACAGUUGAUUUUCCAUUUGGAGCUGGCCCAAUAGCUAGCUCACUUGAUGCUGUGCUGCAACGCCACAAUGUCAAACGUCAAGCAUAUCACGGAAAGGCAUUCGUUGGCAACCAUGUUCACAAAUGUUGUCAGAUGCCAGUCAUAAAAGAUCUUACCUCAGCACCAUCUCGCAUCCUCCGAGCCAUGGAUUGUGAAGACAUUCCUGUACUCAGUCACCAGAAACUCGUUCGAGAGGCUGCAGAGAUUGGCUCAAAAUUUGAGGAUGUCUUCCUCAAAUAUGCUGACGUACACUUUGCAAUGAACCAUGCAAAGGCUCUAACAGCAGCUGAUCUGAAAAGAGUUGAUAUCUGCAUAACAUCCUUCAUGAGAGCCUACAGGCUGCAUAUUCCUACUGCAUCAAUUACACCCAAAAUGCACUUACUGGAGGAUCACGCAAUCGGUCAACUGACACGAUUCGGGGUCGGCUUCGGAUUGCUGAACGAGCAGGGUGGUGAAUUAAUUCACACAGAAUUCAAUAGAACUGGACGUGUCGUCAGCUGCAUGCGAGAUGACCUCCAGCGUCUCAUGACGGUGAUGAAACGGCACCAUCUAUCAACAACACCCGAGGUGAUAGCCAGAGUACAGGCACAUCGUCCACCUAAAAGGCAGAAAGUCCAGGAUAAGGAGGAAUAAAAUAU